AUGAUCGAUACACGCGAGUUUCCGAAACGAACAUUUCUUCGGGAUCUUGAUGCCAUACGACACUACUAUCGAUCGGAUUCCGACAUGGCUGAAAUGAAAGACCUGAAAAUGCUGAAAGAAUGGCGCGAACAAGACUACUACAUGGGGGAGUAUCUCACUCAGGGCUUACUCAAUAUUGAAGACAAAUGCUGCCAAGUGUCAAUGCAACAACUUAUCAACACCGGUCUAUUCUACCUGUGUCCCCCACUGAAAUCAUCGGAAUGGAAUGAUUGGGCCCGUUGGGGAAAAACUGUGUUUCGUAUUCGCACUUCUUUCUAUGAACCACGUCCAUUAGAGGAAACACAGGUUGAAAAGGCCGUAUCGAUCGCUCAGCAUUGCAAGAGGGAAACUUUCAUUUUCCCAUUUGCUGUUAUGCUAUUGGCAUUACAAAAUCGAGACGCAGGUGACGAGCUCCUUUAUAGAGAAUUCCGCCGUAAAUUUACGGAUGAAGAGAUGAACAUCGGCGACAUUACCUAUGAUCUUGAGAGUCAUCGCAUGAAAGAGCUCGCGCAGUUCGAGAGGCUUAUGGAAUAUAUCAUGGCGAAAAGGGCGAUGCUUUUAGGCACGAGUGAUCCGAUUAACCACAUCACAGACGGCAUCCAAAGCUUGUCGUUAAACCUAGGAAAUCCGGACACUCGCCAUUCGUAA